UUUUCUAAGUGGUUACACUCGCACUAGUCUAUGUUGAAUUUGCCACAGAAACGGAUAAGAACCUCACAGCAAGGUGCACUUCAUUUGCUGGUUAGAGGCCGAGGGAACUAUCUGCGGCUAAAAAUAGUACAAGUAACCUGAAGAAACACCUGGAGUUAAAGGCUAAUCGACCUCUUGCUAGCAAACAGACGGAAGAUGACGGCGCGAGCAAAUCUAAAGGGCGAAAGUUGUAUUUCUCCAGACCAGAGAUGAAGAUGUUUGACCCAGGAGAAGUGAGGAGGCUGGUGGCUGAGUGUGUCCUGGAGGAUGAGCUGCAUCUUUCUACAGUUGAGUCGCCGGCGUUUCAAAAGCUUGUCGGCAAAAUCCCUGUUCGAUCAAGUGACAAGAUACGGAGCCAACCACAACCAUGGCCACGACCACAGCAACUUCAGAACCAACGACAAUGACAAUGACAACGACUCCGAUGACAUCUGCGACAACAACAGCAGCAACUACAGCAACGGCUACGAAGGCAGCUACGACAACAACCAGAACAACUACAACAACCGCAAAGACAACCACUGGACCUACCAACAGCAACAGCAGCCUAACAUCAGCUUACAGAUCCAUAGUGUGUUUUAUGCUUCUGUUCUCUGCUCUUGUUUAAGAACAUAACUGCACAGUUUAUUUUUAUUUUCAUCCUUUUUCACUUCAGCUCAAUGAUGUCACUCCAAUUAGUUUCCUAAACUCACCUGGAGACCUUAAGUUGUGUAUAACACAAACUUUCUGUAAUACAGAUUUACUAUAUGUACUGGACGACAUUAGCUUUUAUGUAGCUUGGUUUCUAUGUUUGUGUAUAUGCAGAAUAUUUUGUAAUAACCGAUGAGUAAGAGUGCUUUUAUUUUCUAGAUAACAACAGUCUAUCUGUCUAGUGAUGUGAACUGUAUAGCCUGCUGUGUAGAGCCUGGACUAUUUUAAUGUAACAUCUUAACAUGCUAAUAUGUGUGUCAGAUAUUGGACAAACACAUGCCAUCUGUGCAGGUUUUACUAAACUGGUAAAUCCAUUUACAUGAUAAACACAACUUUGAAACA